AUGUCAGCUUUUUUGAAAGGCGUUUCUUUAAUUGCAGAUGGCAAGGUGACAACAGACCUGUUCGACAAAGUAUCGCUCAUUAAAAAUGAAAUAAUAACGUUAAAGUCCCUCACCAAUGACUCUAUGAAGGAUAAAUACAUCGAGCUUGCAGCUAAUCUCAAACCAGAUAAAAUAUUACUCCACAAAAGUGAACAACUUGUCCAGGACAUGGAAAAUUUGCAGAGUCGCAUUAAUGAUCAGAUCGUGACAAAAUUGACCAGUUCGUCAAACGAAUUACAGAAUCUUUCUAUAGAACUGAAAGAAUAUAAUUACAGUUUGCAUUUAUCCAGUCAUCUAUUAAAAAUUCAUCAGGCCUUUAAUUACAUAGAAUCUUUUAACAAUAGUAAUAAACAAUUGAACGGGCAAUAUUCAACUGUAGCAAAGAUUAUGGUAGAAUUGCAAGAAUUAGUAAUUGAACAAUACCGUGAUAUUCAGCUACUGAACAAUUACGUUGUAAUGAAGGAAGAAUAUUUCAAAUUGCACAACAAUUUCACUGAAGAAUUGGUUUCUUUGUGGCAUAAAAAUAUUUAUUGGAGUGAUCAAAAGGACACUUUUGAUGAAAAUAUCGUCAGUUUAAGUGUAAAAUUCCCUGUUGACGAUUUGAUGGAUUUAGUUCAAGCUCUUUUUAUUGUUAAAAAAUUACAAAAAUACGUAGAACUGCUGUCAAUCAAAUUAUUGCGAAAUUUUAUUAGUCCAAUAAUCAACUGUGAAUGUCUUGUUAAUAACACAGAUAAUUCAUUUUCGAUUAAAAUUUUAAAUAAGAAACAAGUGCCACCUUACAGAUCUGUUUUAGACAAUCUAAAGAUUUUUUUUGAAUUUGUAAAAAAACAUUUUGAAAUUUCUGUGGAUAGCGAAAAAAGUUUACUAUCUCAAAUUUCAAAUAUAAUAUUUUCAGAUUUCUCAAAUCUUUUAACAACAAACUGUAUUUUCAAAAUACUUCCUACCUCAACUGCAGAAAUUGAAACUUUUAAAAAUAUUGUCUUAGAAGUUGAUGCCUUUCAAAAUUAUUUAUUAGAUAUUAAAUUUAUAACUGAAGAGCAAAAGUUCCUGACCAAUUAUACUAACAAUAUCGAUGAAUUGUACAUUGAAAAGAAAAUUGAAAAAUUAUUGGAAACUGCUAGAAAUAUCAUGAAGAAGGAUCUUCAUGAUUCUAUAAGCUACAAACAAAAAAGUCUUGAAGAACAUGAUUGUAUUACAGAGAAUGUGAUGGAAGACUACGAAAGUAUAACACUAUGUGAUAAUUUUUUUCACUUUCCUAAAUGUCAAAUCAGUAAAAGUGCUCAAGAAAUCAUUUGCUUAGUAGAAGAAAUUUUAGAAGAAGGUUGUCAAAAUCCAGAAAAAUAUUUACCAAAACUGUUUUACACUACUCGGAAUAUAUUUGAAAUGUAUGCCAAUUUAGUACCAGAAAUACACAAAUCCUAUUUGGAAACUAUACCACAGCAAGUAGCUCUGUUUCACAAUAAUUGCCUCUAUCUUUCGCAUAAUUUAUUAACAUUGGCGUUUAAGUACCAAAAAAAGAUAACACCAUCAUGUCAAGAAUUUUCACUAAUUUAUGCAGAUCAAGUAUUACUUCUUAGAGAAGUUGGUUAUAAAUAUUUUUUGAGUCAUUUAAAGUAUCAAAGAGACACGAUUCUCGAUAUAUUACGAGAGUCGGGUUUAACAACAAUUGGUCAGAUGCCUGAAUUACCCGCAUCUACAGAACGAGCACUUAGACAGUGCAUCAGACAACUGGAACUGUUGAAAACAGUUUGGACAGAAAUCCUCCCAAUCAAGGUGUUUUAUAGAGUUAUGGGUUGUAUUAUCAAUAACAUGAUUGAUGACAUAAUUGCCAAAGUGAUAAGUGUGGAGGAUAUUCCUGCUCAUGUUGCAUCAGAACUGGUUACACUUUUUAAUAUGCUUCUUAAUAGAAUACCGCAAAUUUUCUCGGAUCCACAGUCAAUAGAACGAUAUGUUCAAAGAUGGAAAAAAUUAAAGGAAUUGAUUAUAAUUUUGGGAGCAUCUUUGAAAGAAAUAGAAGAUAGGUGGGCCGACGGUAAAGGUCCACUUGCAAAAGAAUUUUUACCUCAACAUGUCAAACAGUUGAUUCGGGCGUUAUUCCAAAAUACAGAGAGGAGAUCUCAUUUACUAUCUAGGAUAAAAGAAAAAUCAUAAAGUAUGAAGUACACACAGCUUGAAGCACGCGCAGUGCACUA